AGGGACAUGGUACAUAAACUUAGCCAAACAAGUUACAGCGACGGAAAACAAUAUUGACACGUCGCCAUGUUAUCUCGAUAGGGAUACAUUUACCUGUCUUAAUUCCUCACUUUAUUGCACUAAUUCCGUAACAAUUGAGGCCCAAAACACUUUCGAGAAAAUGACACGAAGAAAUGGUUCAGUUGCAAAAAUUGUUGCAGCAGCAGUUUUUGUUGUAGGAGCUGUGUACUUCUUUUAUGUAUUCAAUCAAACAAGUGGGAAGUUGAAGGAUACAGAGCGAGUUGCGAACAGAUAUCGAAGAGAACAAGAAGCCUUGUCCUCUCAGCUAGCUGAUCUUAGGUCAGAAAAAGAAAAUUUACAGUCGAGAUGUGACAAUGAAAGGAAAGAAUAUCAAAACAGACUAAGUUCUUCUAAUCAACAGUACAAAAUGAUACAGAGUCAGCAUGAAGAUCUACAAUCUGAGUUUACACGCUUACGUGAUGAUUUAAAAAAAGACAAAGAUGAUCAUAAAUUACAUGAUGCACAACAAAACCAAGAGUAUAUGCAGCUAAAACAAGAGAAAGAUUUAGAAAUAUCUAGUCUUAAAGAUGAAGUAGCUAAUACAAAGAGAGAUAAAGAUAGUCUAAAUGACCAGCUUACAAAAUUACAAGCAGAUUUAGAUGUCAGUCAGAAAAAAAAAAGUUUAGAAAGGAAGGAGCGUUUACAUCUGGAGAUACAAGUGGGCAGCUUGAAGAAGCAGGUUAACAGUUACCAGAUGUCGGUUAAUACUUUACAAGAACAGAAUAAAGCAUUAGAGACACAGUUCGGAUUAUUGAAGCAAAGUUUUGAACAACAGAAGUUACAACAGCAGCAAAACUUACAACAACAGAAUUUACAGCAACAAAACCUACAACAACAGAAUUUACAACAACAAAACCUACACCAACAACAGAAUCAACAACAUCCUGUUGUUGAUGGAAACCCUGUCAGCAACCUUAAAAAUAUAGCCAAUCAAGCCAUAGGAAAUCUUCCAAAUGCAGCCAAUCAACUUGCAGGAAAUAUCAAAGAGGCAGCCAAUAGCUUAGGUGGAGGACAGGUUGGAGACUUUAUGAAAAAUUUAGGAGAACAAGCACAAAAACUGAUGGAAAAACACGAGAAUGUAGAAGAGAUGGAACAGAACAAAUUACAGCAACAGAAAGAUAAAGAAAAAGACCAAGAAGCUAAAAAUAAACUGAUAGAAGAACAGCAACAACAACACCAGGUGGCGCCACCAAAUAAACAUGAAAAUGAUGAUGAUAAGGCAGCAGAAUUUGAUAAAGAAUUAGAGAAAUAUAAAAAAGAAAAAGCUAAUCAGAGACAAGAAAUUAAGAAUGACCAUGAUAAUAGAAUUCAAAACCAGGGACCAGUUGGCCUUCAGGUGCAGGAACCAGUUAUACCAAAGCAAGUUCAAUUUAAGGACGACAAUAAGAAGUUGGAUAAUAAUCCUAAUGUUGAUGCUCAGGAAGACCAAAAAGACCUAAAUAAUGCAGAGGAAGUAAAUGAUGAUGGUCAUCAAGUAGAAGAUGCCAGAGAUGUAAAAUACUAUGACGAAGAUGAUAAUGAUGAUGCUAAAGGAAAUAAAGAAGAUAAAAAUCAUAUAAAUGAUAUAAAAAAUAAUGAUUUUGAAAGAUGAAAAGUUUUUAUAUAAUCUAGUCUCAGGUAAUUUUGUUACCAGAAUUGACGAAAAAAAUACACAAAAGUCAGCUGUGAUAUCUUCUACAAUUCCAGAAUAGUUUGUGCCUAAGAGAUGUAUAAUAUAUUUAGGUGACUCUAUCAUCAUCAUAUUUAUACAAUAUAUUGUGAGGAUAAUAUUAUAUAAUGAUACAAUAUAUUGUGAGGAUAAUAUUAUAUAAUGAUACAAUAUAUUGUGAGGAUUAUAUUUUAUCAUGUGGGGUGUUGGUAUUAAAUUGUGAUGGGAAGAACAGAGAAUAACAUUGUGUAUUAUUUCUGUGUCAGGGUUCAAUCUAGAACAGGUUUUCAGGAAUUUCAUGAUAUUCAGAGGUUUUACUUCUUAUCAUUUAUAUUCAGUGGAAAUGAACUCAAAAUAAAAUAUUACUUUAUCUAGAAUGUUCAUCUUAAAAGAUUAAUGAAUCAUCAGCUUUAUAAUUAAUAUCAUCCUAAAAUUGCUUAAGUAACUUUUUGAUUGAAGAAUUUAUUUUGCCUGCAGUACUGACAAAUGAUUUAUGUCAUGCACAAUGUAAACCACUCUUUUAAAAAAAAGGCCAUUAGUGGUGGAUUUUGACAAAAUUGCACAGUCACUGAUCUACUAGAUCCUAGAUCAAUUUUACUAUUUUACAAUUUUCAUGGAUCCAUUAUGCAACAUCAUAUUUAUAUCAAAACAUUUGACAAAACCAUGUGGGUGCUUUUGAUCAUUGAUUUAAAAAAAAAAUAGAUUAGAUAUCAAGUGUUUAAAUGAACUUAUUUAUAUAUACGAACCCUUGAUUAGUAGUAAAAAAUGUGUGUUUUUUAAGUAUUUUUUUUGGAUCUGAAUAAUGUUUUCAAACACAGAUCUAAGAACAAUAUGAAUAACCUGAAGGAAACAGAUUGAAAUGAUUUCAAAAUUUUACUUAAAAGUGCUUAAUACUCUUAUUUCAAAAUAUUCAAAGUUAAUUUUGCCAUUGAUUGUUGUAUUUCAAGAGAAUUAUAUAUUAUUAAUCAUUUUCCUUAAUACUUUUUAAUUCAUUGCCUUGUCAUAAUGCAAUUGAUGUUUACCUAUUAAUAUAUGAAUUUUAAAGGAAUUGAGUGAGAAUAAACAGGGAAUAUAUACUUCAAUAUACUAUUGCUUUACACAGCAGUGAACAAAUGAAGGAAGGGAAAUAACUCCAAUUAUUAUUUCAAAUUUCAACUUUGUGGAAUGACAUUCAGGCCAGGACUAAUGCGUAAAAUUUAUGUCCACAUUUUAUUUUUAUUUGAAAAAUUACACAAAUCAGAUCUGACCAAUAACAUACAAAAAUAUUUCAUAGAAAUCUAUUUGUCUUUCUGCUCUGUUUUAGGAGUAAAUAGCGACACUGAACACAGACAGUGUCUGUUGUAGUUUCUUCACAGGUGCUAUAAAUGUGAGAUUGGAAAUAGCAAUGUGUUUGAAGUAAAGCUUGGGAGUUUAUAAGCUGAUUAAAAUGAAAUUGUAUGUUGUUUUUUUUAUGAAUCUUUCCAAGUUACAGAUUUUAUUACUCAUGAAAUUUUGUCAGACUGUAACAUUAAUGAUUAUGAAUAUUGUAUGAUGUUGGCUCAUUGUUGAAGGCUGUAGGGUGACCUAUAGUUGUUUAUAUCUUUGUCCUUUUGUCUUAGACACACAGUUGUCUCUUUGGCAAUCAUACCCCAUCUAAUUGUAUACUGAUCAAAGUGAUGGAAACAUGAUUGAGAAAAUUACUGGGCCAAUUAACAUCGAAACUGAAUUCAGUUAAUCUAAUAAUUUAUUUCUUAAAGAAAGUGUUUAUACCAAGUCGAGAAUAUAGCUGUCGUGUGACCUUUUUUUUUUCUCAAUGAAAUUUUGACUUUCAAUUAUUUAUAUAUCUUUGCAGUUCAGUAAGUUGUGAUAACAAAAAAAAAAAAAAAACAUCAAAUAAAGGGAGGUAAUUAGAUACCAUUAAUAAACCACUUAGUUUGUAACACUGCUAGAAGUAGCCAGUGCUUGAGUACUUUUGUUAUUUACAUUAUACAUCAAAAGACAUCAGUCCUAUGCUCAAAACCAUAGAAAUUAUAUACUCUGGAUUCAUUAUUAUUCUUGCGUAAUUAAUUUUCAUGAACUUCGUAGGAUAAGGUAAACCCCCAUUUUCAAAUGUUCACGGAAAUACAAAUUUCCUAAAGGCUUGUAUGCAGUUUUGUUAAAGCCAUGAAACCAAGUAUCCAUGAAAAAACAAUUUUUCCUCAAUCCAAUAAAAUUUGUACCCAUAAAAAAAUGAGUCCACAGUUAGCCUAGUAUUAAUAUUAGUAUAUGAACAUAAGUAAAUCUUUUUUACUUCAUAUUUUAUGAAAUUAUGAUAAAUUCUAUAAUUUUCUAUAGCAUACAUAUGUUUUAUAAUUAUGUAAUAAGACUUUAGACAAUGAACCUCUGAUUCCAAUAAUCGAACCAUUUGAAUAAAUAUAGUAAUUAUGUGAACUGUUAUCACUCCAUAGCUAUGAGUUGAAUGGAAAAAUUGUCCAUAGAUAUAGUCAUAACAAGUUCAAUAUCAGUACAUUGUAAUCUUUAAGAACUUUUGUUUUACUUUAUAUAUAACUUGCAUAAGAAUUGUAGUGGGUACCAGCUUUCGAAAAAAACUUAAAUAUAAUGUUUUUUUACUGUGGAAGAUUGGGCAUUUCAUCAUGUGUUGUGAUUUUUAUCAAUAGCUCAUCUUGUUCAAUUGUUAUGCAAAUUGAUCUGUCUAAAUGUAUCAUUUUGAUAUUGGAUAGUAAAAUUGUCAUAUCCAAACCAGAAAUGUGUAUUUGUAGUUUAGGAAUCUAGAUUUUGAACCAUUAAUGUGUUCUUUCUUUAUUGUGUACUGUAACAAGUGCAUUUAUAUUAUAUACAGAUACAAUUUAAGGACUAGAACACUAGUCAUUUUACUAAUUCAAAUUAGUUACUAAGUUGUAAAACUUGUGUCUGAUCCAUUUGUCAUUUUGAACGAUAAAAUAUGUUUAAACUAAACUAAACUAAUUCAAAUUCACCAGCCUGUAUGAGCAUCAUUUUUUAACACCUCAGAGUUCUCACAUUUUGUUAUUCAAAAUUCAUCUUUCUUUGUCACUGUUUUGUUUAAAAAUGAAGUGAUAAUUUAAAUGUAAUAAAAAAAAAAAUGCCAUCAGAAAUACAGUUGUUAAUUGGAUUCUAUUAAAUCAAUGUUAUUUUACUGACCAUUGAAUUUAUUACAAUUAUUGCUGAAUUGUAAUCUGCCAAAACAUGUAACAUAAAUUGACAAGCCCGAAAUGUAGUUAGAUUUUUUUGUCUUCAUGAUAAAAUACUUUUGACUCAGUUAUUUCUCCAAUUAUUAACUUUCAUUGUCUGAGAACAAAAAGUCUGUUAUGGUGUUACUGUGGAUUCAUUUAUUUUCGUGGAUACAAAUUUUCAUAAUUUGAGGAAAACUGACGUGGAUAUAUUAAUUUGUGUUUUUUUUAAAAUCAGCGUACACAGAAACUACAGAAAUGUUUAAUUUAUUGAAUUUUUGGCGUAUAAUCAAUAUAUAUCCUUGAAGUUCCGUAAUUUGUGCUAACAAAAAAAAAAUCAAAUAAGGGGAGGUAAUAAAAUAUGAAUUUUUUUUCCUAUGCCCAUGAAAUCCACUAAAAUUGGUAUCCCAUGAACAAUUAUGAAUUCACAGUAAUUGGCUUUUCUUUUCAGUAUUUGCUCCUUUCAUUGCAAAAGAGUAUAUUUUUGUUAUAUUUUGUUAUAUUUUUUUUAUUUUUUCUCUUCUAUCCCAGAAAAGCUUUAAAACUGGUAUAUCACAUUAUUGAAUCAUCAUGGGCUAUUGUUUUGGCCUUCAUGUUAAAAUAAAUACAUUUUACAUACCUUCUCAUAUUAUAAAAAAGAUGAGACUACUAUAACGUAUGUGUUAUAGUAGUCUCAGAAAAAAACUCAGUAUGUGUUCUCAAAAUUGAAAACAAAAUUAUUGUAUGUACACAUAUAUAUAUAUAUAUAUAGAUAUUGUAGUGUACAUUUUAAACAUGUUAAACAUGUGAUUUAUGUACAUAGUGUGGAGUGUUUUAUUUGUUUCAUGUCUAUUGGUUUAAAGGUGACUUGUGUCCCUUGUUUGAUACUCUUCUAUAAUUGGUAUGACUUGUUUUCAUUCUGGGUGUUCUUUUUUUAAAAUUACUUGGAGCUAGAUUAAUUUUAUAUAACAUUUAGGUUCUGUGAAAUGGACAAUCAUAACAUAAGUUUUUUGGGAAAUCUUGAAUUUUAUGCUUGUAGGAAAAAUGUUUAUGAAUUUUGUGUUUUAUGGGCAGUUCAUUUGUUGCUUGCAGUCAUUUAUUAAACUGAAAAUUGUACAGAAUAAUAGUCUUCACCAGUUGAAACUUCAUAUGUACCGUAUAUCAGGUUUUUUAUCGCGUCAGCUUUUUUUGCGAUUUGAUGACAAAAAGGACAGGUUAAAUUUUCACUGUGUAUAAUUUUCGCUGAUUGGGAAAAUACAUGUGAAAAAAUAACUAUCAUAUUGUUAAAGAUGUAAACAACAUAUUUUAAUGGCUGGCAGGUAAUCAAUUACAAAUAAAUAUGAGUACUUCAAACCUUAAUACACAUAAUUUAGAGAACUUUCAAGGAACGUUAAUUAUGUACAUUGGGACAUGCUAAAAAUUGAAGUUUUUGAUCAUUACAGAUAUACAGAUAUCCAUGUAAAUCUGAUUUAUUUUUAUUUUAUUUUGACAUUAUAUGCAAUUUUUUCGGGUUAUGACAGUAAUCAAUAGAUCGUCGCUAAUUAAUAUUUUUUAACAUGUCACUGAUUGCUGUGUUGUCAAAAGGUGUGACACGUACGAUAAGCCAAUUGAACUAUUAUGAAAACAGAGAUCUUAAUCAAGUCUGCUCAUUCUUGUGGUUUGUCGUGGAACAACAUAAAAGACCUCAUAAUCAACAGUUAAAUGUUUGAAACUUUCCAACAAUGGUAAAUGUUGAAAUAUACACGGAAAUUUACGCAAGGUCAAAUUUUCACGUUUCUUUAGCUGCCGCGAACAAAGCAAAAAUUAAACACGCACCAAAAAAAACAUAUACGGUAUUGUAUACUACAAGAAGUUAUUUUUUUGUAAACUAAGUUUCUACAAGCAUUUAUUGAGAUUUUAAUUGUGAAAGACUAGUAUUUUAAGGUUUGUUUGCAUUUAAAAGCUCAAAUAUAUAUUCUCUGAGGUAAAGAAAUUGUAAUACAUGCGUUAUAUUGAUCGAAAUUUGUAACUUUUAAAGCUUUGUAUAAAUGCAAUCCUCAUGCAUGUUCUAAUGAAAAGUGAUUGACGUAAUGGAAGAGAUAAUUGGAUGCAGAUCUAGUCACAUCUCUUUUUCUUGAAUGAAAACAAUGCAGUGUAUUCUGAAUGUAUAUAUUAAUGUACAUGUAAAUUGUUAUACAUGCACCAUCUAAAUGAUUUAUAGUGUAAAAAGCUUAAACAUCAUUUUCUAGCUUGUGAUUUGUUACUCAGAUGCAUAUCGUCAUGUAAUAAUGUUAAGGUUGUUUUGUGCAGUUAUGUUAUUGAUGCUUUGUUUAUUAGCUGUCCAACUUGUUUCAACUUUUAUAUUUUAAUGCUUUCUUAUCACAGUGAUGAUUUCUAUGCAAUAUACACCUUUUUUUAAAGCUGAAAAAUGAUAACCUGUGUUAAUUGAAUAAGUGCAAUGAACAUAACAUAUUUCUAGACACAAGCCAAACUUCUUGGUAAUUGACACUUUUAUCUUUUGUGGGUAUUGAAUGAAAAUGGUUUUAUAAGACUGUUUGUAGAUUUAUAUGUGUUUAUUUGAUAAUAGUGAACUUUUUUCUUAACCCCUCACAUAUAUUAAAGGUACUCAAUAUCUGUUUUUGAAAAUCUGUGUUUUAAAACUGCAUAUUCUACUUUGAAAUACAAGUAUCAAUUCAUAGAAAUAUAUUUACCAGUUGGAUUCUGCACUUUAAUAAGGAAAAUGAUAGGACAUGUUUUAAAGUAUUAGCAGUGAUGAUGAUAAUCUACAGUUUGAUGAGAUUGAAGGGCAUUUUUUAAUCAGACACUUUUUUACAUUCCAGGACUCUACCAAAUCUGACCUUUUUUUCUCCAUUUGACCUAAUGACAUCUGAAAAAUAGAGAUUUGUGUAAGCAUUGUCAAUUGAAAAUACUAUGUGAAAUAUUUGUAUUUUCUGUAAGGAAGACAGACCAUGAAUUGCCUCUCCUAUUUUCGAGAUUAAAAUGAACCACAGCCCAUUAGAUCAAACUCUUGUAAUUAACUUUAAUGAUGAGAUUGGUACAGCUGUUUCACCUUUUUCUUGUAUAAGUAUGGAAGACUGAGACUGACUUUUUCUCAUACUCACUAAUGGAGUAGGAACUGCUGCCCUUCUGGAAUGCUGAGUUCACUUGGAUUUUUUUUGGUUAACUUUUAGUUCAAAAGUGUAUGUUUUGUAAACUGCUUGUCUCUUCAUUGUUUUUCUUUUUGGCCGUGGUAUUGUCUGUUUUUCUUCAACUCAUGGUUUGUUAUUGCACUCAUGGUAUUUGCCCUUAAUAUUCUUCGGACAUUUAAGAAAGUUGAAAAUUCUCAUGGAUGUGGCAAGAGAAACAGAUUUAAGAUUGAUAAUUAAACAUGUAGGCCUAACUUGUUCAAAGCUAAAUCAUACAUAUGCCAGACAUCUUUUCUAAACUGAAAUGUGGUAUCAGAACGUUCUUCAGUAAUUUAAUACAUGAGAAUUUAACACUACCCUAAUCCUCCAAAGUCUUGCUGUAGUUGAGCUUUACUGUAGAACUAUAUGCUAAGUUAUAGUUGAUUUGAUAGAUUGUUUUUACCCUUGUCCAUCUGUCCGUACAUCCCAAAAUUGGUUUCCGUUUUCUAACUAAAGUUUGCCUCAACCAAAUGUUAUCAAACUUAUACACAAUGCUUAUUACCACAAAACACAGAUCAAGUUUGAAUUUUGGUGGCGUCACUUCAACUGUUCUAGAGUUAUGCCCCUUUAUAAAUGGAAAAAAUUUUGCAUUUUUCAUUUCCGUUCUCUAACUUAAGUUUGCCUCAACCAAAUGUUAUGAAACUUAUACACAAUGCUUAUUACCACGUCACAAUACACAGAUCAAGUUUGAAUUUUGGUGGCGUCACUUUUACUGUUCUAGAGUUAUGCCCCUUUACAAAUGGAAAAAUUGCUAAAUUUUUCUUUUUUCUUAAAAUAUCAAUGAUGUCAUUGUUCAAGUAAUUUUUAAAAUUGGAGUUAUCUUCCUUUGUCUAUGAUUAUAAUUGAAUCAACUACAAUCAAUGCUUUAUAGAAUGCAAUGUUUAAUUUUGCCUUCCACUGAUAAAACCCAGAUCAAGUUGAAUUUCGGUAGUGUCACUUUAACCAUUAUUGAGUUAUGCCCUUUAUAAAUCGAAAAAUUGCAAAAUUUUAAGUUUCCAUUCUGUAACUUAAGUUUGCCCCAACCAAACAUGAAACCUAUACACAAUACUUAUUACCACAAAAUUAAGAUCAAGUACAAAUUUGGGUAGCGUCACUUUUAUUGUUCUUGAGUUAUGUCCCUUUAUAAUGUUGUAUGCAAAAGGGGGGGCAUCAUCUGUGUCCAUGGGGACACAUUCUCCAUUUAUUUGCUUAACAUUCAGUGGCAAAUAUUAUAUGCAUGAAUAGGACCAGCUAAGAUAUAGUAGUACCUUUGUAAAUCAAAUGCAUGAUUUGAAGCAUUCCAGUUUUAUAAGUUGCCUUUUAGUAUUUAUUUUUGUGGGGUAAAAGACCUAAGAAUGUACAUAUACUGUAUGCUUAGAAGCAAAGGUAGGAUUUAGUACCCCAGUAUGUGUAAAUACUCCAAUUUGUCAGGUAACUUACAUUUUUUCACUGUAAAUUAAACCAUUUAUUACAAUAUACAGAUAAUGUUUAUAUUGGUGGUUUGUAUGGAUUAUAAUUGUGGUGUCUCCGAAAUGUGAUUUUGUUUUGCAAUUUUAUGUUUUUGUAAGAAAUGUUAUGAAGGCCGUCAUUUAUGAAAGGCAACUUUGUUUGAUUGUUUCCUCCUGGAUCUUUUUAAAUGUAUUCACAACACACAUCCUUCUCACAAAAUGGUGAUUCAUUAUAAUAAGGAAUUGAUAAAUCAUCAAUAUAUGGUCUCCUUUUACAGAGGAGACAGUUUAUACACUGAUGUAUUAAAAUUCAAUAUAUUGCUGUAAAACCAUUGAUGAUCUGCUUACAAUAUCAAAAGUCAACAUUUGUUAAGAAUUCCUCUUUAACACAAAGCCUGCUCAUGUACUUAUUAUGUCAGCAUUGUAAAGUUAAUAGACAAUUUGUCUUCAAAUUGAAUGUACUUGGCUCAUAGGUAGGGUCAAACUGUCAACAGAUUGCAAAACAGCUUUAGUACCAUUGAUGUGCUAAAAAUGUACAAUGUAGUUUUCUUUGUCUAAACCUAUGCAUAUUCAGUUUUUUAUAGGGGCAUAAGCUACGCGUAAGAAAAAAAAUAAAAUAUGAUUUUUAUUUUGUUUAAUCAUUAAUGAAAGUGAAAUAGUGAAAUAAUAAUUCGCUUUUAGCAACCAGUUUUGUUCAAUUUUGUCAAAAUAGGCUAAGAAACAUCGCUGAUGAAUUAUUCACUUGCAAGUGAAUAAUUUUCCCUCGUUGAAUCCGUAUUCAUGUGACCUUCAAUUUAACCUUUUAGCGAGAAAUGGGUUACGUAUAAACUAGGCGUGUUUGGCUAUUAAAAGGAAAAAAAUAUCAACAUUGAAAGUGAAACAAGGGUAAACCUUUUGGUUGACUGAUUCGAUCCACUAAGACUCAUUCUUAUACAGGUAAAAACAAUGAUUAACAUAUUUGUUUAACCUAUGAUAUGAAAUCAAACAGACUUAGAAAAAUCAAAAUGCACGUGUUAUCUAUUUAUAUCUAUAUUUAUGUUUAUAUUGGUUAUAUGACCAUCAACAGUCUUUGGAGGUCACCUUGAUGGUUAAUUGACUAAAAUGGCAUUUAGACAAAAAUACACACAAAAUGCUGAUACAUAUUAUCGAAUCCAAGCAUCAAAAAUUGUUUAUUUUAGAGUCAAAUUGGUGAACUCUAAUUUUCCCCUGCCUAACCCGUUGCGAGGGACAUGGAAAUACAGGGAGUCCAUCCGUCCGUCCAGUCUUUGUUAACACUCUCACAGGAACAAUUCUUGCCAGAUUUUUAUAAAACUUAUACUAUAGGUUAAUAUCAGCAAUAUCUUGGACAAGUUUUAUAGUGGUGGCCGAUCUACUUUUUUUAAAAGAGUUAUUCCACUUGGAAAUAUUAAAUUUAUGGAAAAUGGCCUUGUUAGCGCUCUGACGGGUACAAUUCUUGCCAGAUUUUUAUAAAACUUAUACUACAGGUUAAUAUCAGCAAUAUCUCGGACAAGUUUUAUAAUGGUGGCCAAUCAACUUUUUUAAAAGAGUUAUGCCCCUUGGAAAUAUAAAAUAUGUGCAACGUUCUUUUAUUUGACAGCUAAUGCCCCUUUAUUUAGGAAUGAGAUAUUAUGGUCUAUUAUUUAGCAAAUUACUCAUUUGUUAUGCUUUUCAUCCAUGAUUAAGCCAAAAGUGCUUAAAAUGGCGGUAAACACCAGCAAACACAGAAACAAUUUUUUGAAUCAUUUACACUGCACAUAAGGUUAUUUUCAGUUUUUGGUCAAAACAAUUAGCUUUUUUCAUUUAUAUACAUUGAACUUCUGUUCCUGCUUUUUGACUGAUUUUACAAUUAUUUCAGUAUUGUGUUUUUAUUUUGAUGUUCAACAAUUUUGUUAUGACAAUUCUCAAUGAUAAGCAAAAUUAAUGCUUUAAUAAUGAUCGUAAAUGUAAUUGUUAAUGAAAGAGAGAUUUGUACUAAGUUGUGAUCUUUAGUCUAUGUUUGUAUGAUUUCACAUUAAAUGAUAUAUUUUAUAA